GCUACUCUUGUGUUGCUUUGCAACCCGGUGGGUUUUUGUUUUUUUGUUGUCAUUUUCUAUUCCUGGCUCGACACUGAGCAUGAACAUGUUCAAAAGAGAUAAAGGCUCUACAGUACAAACUCCAGCAGUCCCCCCAAGACCCAACAAGGAGGAUCUAGACAAUCCCAUCACACACAGCCUGAACAGGCAGGAUGCAGGAAUGACCGCAUCCUCGCAGGAAAACAAUAAUGAGGUUACAAAUGAGCUAAACCCAAAGGCCAAGAGGACUGGGGUGAUGGGAGUUAUGCAGAAGGUCAAUCCCUUCAAGUCUACCACACAGGUCGCCUCCACAGUCAGCAAAGCUCCCUCUUCAGAGUCACUAGAACAGGGGACAAACUCCUCACAGAACCCUGGUAUGCUGAAAGGGGUCAUGCAGAAGGUCAACCCAUUCAAAUCUACCUCCCAGGUCUCUAAAGCUCCAUCUUCAGAGUCUCUGGAGCAGGGGCAGGUUUCAGACUCUAAUCAGAAUCCCGGUAUGUUGAAAGGAGUAAUUCAGAAGGUCAAUCCCUUCAAGUCUUCCACACAGGUGCCAAAGAGUGAUCCUCAACAGGAUUGUGUAGAUCCACAAGAGACUGGAAAAGAACUUCAGGCCAAACAGAAUCCAGGGAUGAUCGCAGGAAUGAUGCAGAAAGUGAACCCAUUCAAAUCCUCACAGCCAAAGGACACACGGCCUCUACACAAUGACCUUUCCUCCAGCAGUGGAAGCUUAGCAGACAAUGAUAACUUGCCAGAGAAACAGAACCCCGGUAUGUUCAAAGGGAUGAUGCAGAAAGUGAACCCCUUCAAGUCUUACACACAGAUGCCAGCAGAUGAAUGUCAGACAGACUCUGCGGUUCCCACUACAGCCUCCUCGUCCAAGACACAGGAAAAUCAAGCUAUUCAUCGUGAGGACUCCUCCAGCUCUGAAAGCUUGGAUGAUAGCACCAUCGAGAGACAUUCUAUUUGGUAUACUGACGGUGCCGCCAGCGGUGAGGUGAACAAUCAGCCAGUGGAGGCACCAAAGAAAAAAACUAUGACUUUCAGAAUAAAGAGGAUUCUGCCCAGUGCACUGUUUGGAUCCGGAACAAAGGACUCUGCAACAGCAUCAUCGGACAUUCAGACAAUACCUCAGGAGGCCGUUGAAGUUCAGACGCUGCAAAUGGCUGAAGGAACGGUCCUGGACCCUCUAGACGAUGAAGAAGGGCUUUUGACGUGGUGGAGAACAGUAGAAGGAUGGGAUGAGUGGAAUGAGGCAAACCAGAAUGAUGAAGCUGAAGAAGUGGUUGAACAAGCAGCUGAUCGUGUCUUCAUGGCGGCUCGUCUUUUUGUUCGCUUUUUCAACCAGCGCGGCGCCUCACUCCAGCAGCGAAUCCUUGAGCUCCUGGCCUUGGCUGAUUCAGCCGACAGCUUUCAUAAAAAGACAGUCACGGCCAGUGUCGGCGGAGGUCUGGCCAGUGUUGCGGGGUCUGUCACAACUAUCACCGGCCUCAUUCUGGCACCCUUCACAGCAGGAACUUCCCUCAUCGUCACAGCUGUGGGCAUUGGUGUAGCUACAGCAGGUGGGGUGGCGUCUGCUUCAGCCAACAUCACAGACACAGUUCAUUCAAAGACAGACCGCAAGAAGGUGGAGAAGAUGAUUCAGGACUACCAGGAGGAGAUGAACGACAUCAAGGAGUGUCUGGAGUUUUUGCAGGAAGGGAUGGAGACACUUGAGGAGUGGAACUUUGAGAAGUACGCUGAAAGCAUCUCAAAGAAGCACCUUAACCAGAACGUCAAACACGUAAUGAAGGAGGGCGGCCGGGCCGGCAAGGCUUUAGUGAUCAACACAGAGAGCCUGAUUAAUACCGUUCAGGUCCUGAGUGUUGCGGGUGGAGCCGCUAAAGCCGCCCAGGUGAUGAGCAUCACCACUGGCGUUAUGUCGGGUCUCUUCCUGGCUCUGGAUGUCUUUUUCCUGGCGAAGGACUCCAUGGAGCUGAGGAAGGGCGCCAAGACAGAGUUUGCCGCUAAAAUCCGAGAAGUGUGCAAGGACCUGCAGGACGGGCUGCUGGAGCUGAACCGCAUCAAGGAACAGCUGCAGAAAACCAUGGACGGGAUAGAGGUGGAGGUAGAGGAGGAGGGAGAGGACGAAGAGCAGUGGAAGUCUGAUCUGAAGAAACUUGUGGAGCUUGAAGAAUGAAGGAACAGUGAUUUAAGAAUAGAAUUAAGAAUGUAGUAAUAUAUUUUAAAUAUUUAUAUUAUUUAAAGUAGUCAUUUUAAUUAUGUAUUAAACCAGAAGUUACUGUAUUGUCAUUUAUUUAAUCUUAGUUUCUUUCUAAUAAAAGUGUUUCCUGCUAAUUUCUUGUCCCUUCUGUAUCACGCUACUUGCCCCUGUUGUGAAAGGUAGGAACUCAAUAGAUCAACAAACCGAAGCAAAUGAUUCAGAGGCAGAUGACACGUGAUCAUCUUGUGCUCAGGGAGUGAUGCACGCAUGAAAGGCAACAAA